AUGAAGUGGCUGCGGCUAGCCGACUCAUCCUGCUCCCUAACCUCCAACCAAACACACAUCAUGGGUACCAUGUCACUCAACACCUGUGGCACAAAGAUGGAGGAUGCAGGUGACUUCAUGGUGUUCAAAAACGAAAUAAACUCCUUCGACGCAGCCAACGCCACCAUCACACGACGUAACCGGAUCAACAUCGGCUUCUCCUGCCGGUACCCCAAAACUGUCAGCAUUUCCAACUAUUACCAGAUCCACAGCUCCAACUACAUGUUCACAGAGUCCAACUUUGGUAGCUUCGGCUACACCUUUGAGGUCUUCAAGGACAGUAAGUUCAGCCAGAAGGUGGAUCCCAGUGCUUACCCAGUGAAGGUGAAGCUAAUGGACAGGGUGUACAUGGGCAUCCAGGCCCAGUCCGAUCUGCCCAAGGUACAGCUGUUGGUGGAGUCUUGCAAAGCCACUCCGGAUGACAGCGCCAGCAGCAGUCUCUUCUACGACCUCAUCAAAGACGGGUGUCUAAAGGACGAGACGGUCAAGGUUUAUCCCGGGAACCUAACCCAAUUCUACUUUGAGGUCCAGGCCUUCAAAUUCACUGGGAGCUACAACCAGGUGUACCUCACCUGUACCGUCAUCCUGUGUGAGGUGGGAAACCCCAACUCUAGGUGUGGCCAGGGCUGCCUGAACAAAGCCUCUCGGAGGCGCAGGCGAGAUCUCCCCAACGGAGAGACAGACAGGCACUACAUAACCCAGGGUCCUUUCCGUGUGGUCAGAGAGGCCCAGACCAGUGCAGACCAGAAGACAGGUGCAGAUGAAAAGACCCAUGCAGCUCCUGUUGUAGAUGUGGAAGCUACACAUUUUCUCAGAUCGGACAUGGGAACCGUAGUCUUCGCCGGGCUGUUCAUCAUCACCUUGAUGCUGCUGGCUGUGGUCGUGGUCUAUUUUUUGAAGAAGAGCAGAGCUGAAGAACACAAGGCUCUCAUUGCAUAUGAUUAG